CUACAGGUACAUAAACUCAUUUCAGUCCCGGAUAUACACACAGACGCACGUAACCACACAUAUAUCCAGUACAAAAGGGACGUCUUUCACCUCUGGACAUGGCGAAAGAUAUAUAUUUCUCAGUGGUUAUCAGUAUAGGAGAGACAUACUGUAGAUCAGCAGCUUGCAGUAAAUUCGGUUCGGAUAACGAUCCGUUCACGAUAUCGGCAAUGGUAUGGUCUAGCGCCAUUCGCAAUGCGUACGACCUAAAAAAUUCGACCACCCUCCUUCUACAUCCGGACAAGAGCUUCCACUCCUUUGGUUAUGAGGCCGAGAAAAAUUAUGCCAACAUGACAGAGGAUGAAGAGAAGGAUCAAACCAGUUACUAUUACUUCCGGAGCUUGCACAACCUUAAGAAAAUAAACAAAGGCGCAAAAAUUAAAGACGAGACGGGUAAGAUGUUACCUGUAUUCGAUGUAUUCGUCCAUUCCAUACGAUUCAUGAAAGAAGAAACUUUUCGAGUGGUUCCACAUACAUUCAUCCGCGAAUAUACCAUGUUCAUGGUAACCUUCCCCGCGAGAUGGGGAAACAAUGCCAAACCGUGUAUACGAGAGGCCGCAGAAAAGGCUGGAAUACCUAGAGAUAACCUUAUUGUAGUCCUAGAUCCUGAGGUGGCUGCAUUAACCUGCUAUUUACCGGAAAGUAACCAGAUCGACUCAUUUUACAAGCCCAUCAUGUCAGGAGCUUCUUACAUUGUCGUGGAUUUGGGAGGCAGAACCGGCGACAUAUCUUACCAUCAACAUAACGGAUUUCUUAGAAAGCUGCUGCCGACUGAAGGAAGAGCACUUGGAGGAAACAGUGUAAACGAUGAAUUCUGGAAACUCCUGGGGCAGGUUUACGGAGAGAAACAAUUACUGCGGCUAAAAAAAGAAAACCCAGACGACUACGAUAGUGUGAUAAAAGUAUUCGAAAAUAAGGUGCGUUUCACUUCAUUAGAAGGGGACGGGUUUCUUAGAAUGAAUAUCAGGACAAUCCUAAUUGACAAAGAGGUCACUGAUUUAAGUCGAUUUUCUGGCAGUUUCCGAGUUGGCCCUGGGGACAAGCUUUCUUUCAGUCUGGAACAAAUCCGACGAUUGUUUGAAAAAACUUUAACAGCUAUUGAAACAGGCAUCGAGAGGAUCCUGCAUGCUCAUCGGUUAAAAGGAGCUGAAUACAUAUUGCUGGUUGGCGAAUUCUCGGAGUGUAAACUUGUGCAAAGCGCCAUCAGGAAAAGGUUCCCUCAGAAGAAAGUUAUCGUGCCAUGUCAACCAAGGCUGGCUGUUGUUAAAGGGGCAGCUCUCUUCAUUUUCAUUUCAAAGACAAUGAAUAGCGAAGCGCGAUGUACUUAUGGUGUUCAACACUGGCCAAAGUUUGACAAAACUCGACAUCCGUUAGACAAGCUGGUGGUGAUUGACGGGGUCAUUCGAUGCAAAGAUGUUUUUUUCAAAUACAUCGAAAGGGGUGAACAGAUUCCUAAAAACCGAAGAAUAUCACAUGUGUGUUCACUGUUUACCUCCAGCACCGACACAGUAGAGUGUACAGUGUACGCAUCAUGCCAUCGUGACCCUCAGUUUACCGACGACGAGGGAUGUGCUGUCCUAGGAGUGCUACGGGCACCCUUCACUGUUGACAGAAAGGUGGCGGAGGUGGAGAUAGAACAAACCCUUAUCUUCAAUAAGACAUGCAUCACGUUACAGGCAAUAAACAUGGAGACUGGACAGGUCUGCGAAACACAGAUGGAAUAUAUGUAAAUGCAAUGGGAGGAUGAGUUCACGGAAGGAGGUGACCGGUGUCGACCCACACGCAAUUGUGUACAUACUAUAUUUUCUGGCAAUAGACGCCGUAUCUGUCUGUCUGUCGUUUUGUGUCCGUGUUGACGCAACUAGUGAACGUCUGCAUUUGCUUGUCAAAUGUACCAGAAACGAUUUCCGUGACAAGUUAGCUUAAAACUUGGAAACUAUCAUAUUUACUGAUGUAGGUCAUAGGUCCAACGACACAGAAAACUGUUGAUAUAGCCGCGUACUUAGUAUGGAUGUAAUAUCAUACACAUAUCAAGUAGACUAGGUCCAUGUUUCUAUGUGUGUAUUCUUCAUAAAUAAUAUCUUCCUCUCCUGUAAAGCACUUUAACAUUUAGGGGUCACAAAUCUUCGCGGUUUCGAUCUGUAAGCAAAUAAAUGCGGUUUUAUUUUAAUGACAGGUCAUCAAAAGCUAAGAAUAACUGAUUUUAUAACAGAAAGACAUAACAUUUCUGUUGUUUGUGCUUUGAGAACUUUCCCCAUGCCGCCAAUAAAGUGAAAAUAUUAACCCCGAAAUUUAAGCGCUAUACAGUAUUCAAGUGGAAAACAUGACAAACGUUAUACUGUGCAAUUAUCAGUUGUAAAUAUUAUUUCGGUAGUUGUUGUGCUAAUGUUCACUCUGUUUUAUUGGUUAUUAAAAUAAUAUGCAUUUGCACGAAUUAUACAACAGCUUCUUAAGAUGUUUAUAUAAGUUCAUAUCCUAAAAUAAACGAUUGACCCUCUUUCUACUGUAUCUGUAUUAAAAAAAUAUAUAUACUGCAAAAACCACAUAUCGCUUAGGUGUCUGACAAUAUUUCCGUAUAAUUUCGUAGAAUGAUUUGUUAGAUAUAGCAAGAUAUUCUAAAAGGAUAACAAUAAAAACAAAACAAACAUUAUUGGGUUUUUUUGUAAGUCAAGAUAAAUGUAUGAAAAUAUUUUCGGAUUAUUAUUUUUAGGGCUUACGAAGGUCCAUUUAAUCAAAAUUUAAUUAAAAUUUCUUAAAGGACACCUUUAAGAAAUUUUGAUUAAAUGGAACUUCGUUAGCCCUAAAAAAAUCCAAUUACAGAUACAAAUGAAUAUCAGUAUAAUUAAUCAGGGCAAAUCGCGAAUAUUUUAGGCACGACGCUGAACUUUUUACACCAAAAACAUUAUUUUUAAUGAAUACCAACAUGCUUGCAGCACCGAUACAAAAAAAAAAAAAAGAUAAAACCUUUUCUAUGUAUCUAAAAACAUUUGUGAAUCAUUUUCUUCAUUUUAAAAUGAAAAAACAGAAUCAGAUUCAGGCAUUUUGGCUGAUUCAAACUAAAAGAUGUUAAAGAGAAAUUGGAAGCCCAUUAUAUCGACCCAUUUUACUAUGUCAUACGGACAUGUCAUAAAUAUGGUAUUACACAUGUGAUGUGUAAUAAAACCUAAAGGUACUGCGAUUGGUCAAAACCGUGGGAAAAUAUUCCUACGCCACUAAAGGUACUACUUCUUUUUACUCAACGUCAUGAUACAUUUAUUGUUAUUUUAAAUUAAUUUCAUGUGUAUUUUGUUAUUACUAUUAAUUUUUAUCAUUGCAUUUAAAAUUAGUGUUCAUGUCAUGUUAAGUUUUUUAAACUCGUUCAAUAGUUUGAUAUGAAUCUCGCCUCAAGGCUGCUGUUAUAUCAAAUUAUUGAACUCAUUUAAUAAUUUCAAUAUGACAUGGUCACUCAUGUCAGAUCCUCUAUUUAUCGGGCAGAUUGCCCUAAAAUCUUUACAAAUUCCUUUGUCAAAGCUAUCGUUGUUUCCUCUUUGCUUAUGUAUCUAUUUAAGUAAUACAUAUCCAACAGACAUUUCUUUGUUCGUAUCCAGUGCCUGCAUUUGUUCAUAUUGUCGUUAUUACAUAUGAGACAUAUAUAUAUAAGAUAUGACACACAAUAUUUUUUUGGGUAACAGAGAGCUUACUCAAUUCAAUGUGUUUAAAACAUUGGGUGUUAUAUACAUAACUUUCACAUUUAAGUUUUAAUGUGCAUAGAAGAAAUAUUAUAAAAAAUAUAUUCCCAAAUGUUAGAGGAUUUUCAAACGUUAAUGCAAAGGGCUUUUAAAUACUACAGUUUUAAGAAGUGUGUACAUCAUAUUAGUCAGAAGCAGAUCUGAGUACUAUACUGGGAUUUGGUCGCCCUUUUAAUUAGCAUUUGGAAAUUGCCCUAAGGAUGUUUAAAGAUUGAUAUGCAUGUAAGUCAAAAUUAAUUUUGAUGGUUAACCUUAUAUAUAUGUGAGUAAGCAAUUUAACUUACCUAGUCUGGGAUGUAGACGGUAAUACUUGGACAGUAUUUUUGCUUUAUAAAUGAGUGUCCAUAGCCUCUUUGUUCUUAUUCAUCAAUUAGGCUUUUAUAUGUACUAGGACGAAGUAUUGGAAUAAAUGUGAAAACUUCGUUUUACGACCCAUUUUGCAGAUUUUUCUUAUCAGCUAAGACAUUUUAUUUUAACCUUAUAAAAUAUACUUAUAAUUUAGAUAUUGUGUGCCAGACUCUGUCAAGGUUUCGGGAACAGCUGAAAUACAAAACGUUUUAGCCGCCUACUGUUUACCAGAGUAUUGUUGUUUUACUUAAAUUUAUAACCAGAUUAUACCACACAUGUUAUUACUUAUCUUAUAAUUAUUUGACCUACAGGUCUGUUGAAUUCAAUGAAUUGAUAUAAAGAGUGCCUGAAGAACAAACGUCGGACGUAUGAUUUCGUCCAACAUAACAGUGUUGUCCUACGACGAUGCUAUCAACAAAUGUGAAAGAAGAGAAAAAAAAUAAUAGAUAUUUUUCAAUUUUCUUUUUCAUCUUUUUUCUCUAAUAAGGUGUUCUCUGGGACACUAUUUAAUGUCUAUUGACUCACAAGAAAACGAGGAGUUGACAGCGCUUUCAGGUAGUCAGCUUCAAACAUUCUUUUCAUAAAGAAAACAAUUUUGUCAGCUUUUGAAGAAAAUAUCAUGGGACACGGCUUGGUCAAUCGCUGCAGACCAGUUAACGUAAUUGAAUAGAGCUUACGGUUACAUAAAUCAAAUACGAUUUAUGUAUUAUUUUAUAUUUUCAAGUAAAAAAAGACAUUUGGUAAUUGAUAUAUAUGACUAUGAAAUGGAAAUAUUUGUGUCUGUCGGUUUAAUUUGUUGAUAGAUAAAGUCCUGUAUAUUGAUGAUAUUGUGUUGACAUUUUUACAACUACAGUGUGUACAACGAUUAUCCUGUCCGUAUUUCUGAUCAAGUAAAUACGAAUUUCGUACAUAAAACUGAUGGAAUUUUCCAGUAAUAGGCGAUAUCAAUUAUGAACAAACUUGAGAAUAUUCAA